ACCGAGAGCAGCCCGGAGACCCGCGGGGAGAGGGAGGGAGAGGGGGAGAGAGCGCUGCGGAGCGCCGGCGGGGAGAGGCGAGGAGGAGGAGGAAAGCCCCUGUCCAGGAGGUGGAGCGAGGGGCUGGUGUCCGCCUCCCGUUCCUCCCUGCCGUCUUUCCGAGGAGCCUGAACCGGGACGCACCACGCCGAGCCCGACAGACACAAAGCCGGGGGUCCACGCUGGCGCUGGAGGCGAGCCCCGGGGGCCGCGAGCGAGCCCGGGGCGCGGCGGGGCGCGGGGCGCGGGGGCGCUAGGCGGGCCGGGCGCGGGCAGCGCCCCCGAGCCGGGGCCGGCACUCGGCUGCUCGGGCCGCGGCGGGGGGACCAUGCCGAGGAAAGUCUCCUGAGCCCGGCGACUUCGGCCCCUCCCCGCCCCCACCCGGCUGCCCUGCGCGCGGCCCUGCCCAUGUGCAGCCGGCCGGCCGGGCUCUGCUCCUCGCAGGCGGAUGGGUGACCUCUUCCCGGCACGGGCAGGCUGUGCGAGGCGGCGGAGCAGGCGAUGAAGCAGCAGCAGCAUCCCGGCGGCGGCGCGGAUCCCUGGCCCCAUGGGGCGCCUCUGGGGGGCGCCCCUGCCGGCCCGGGCGGCUGGAGGCGCCGGGUCUCCCUGCUGCCUUUCCUGCGCUUCUCGCUCCGGGACUACGGUUUCUGCAUGGCCACCCUGCUGGUCUUCUGCCUGGGCUCCCUCCUCUAUCAGCUCAGCGGGGGACCCCCUCGCUUCCUGCUCGACCUGCGGCAGUAUUUGGGAAAUUCCACUUACUUGGAUGACCAUGGACCACCUCCUAGUAAGGUGCUCCCCUUCCCGAGCCAGGUGGUGUACAACAGAGUCGGCAAGUGCGGCAGCCGCACUGUGGUCUUGCUUCUGAGAAUCUUGUCGGAGAAGCACGGAUUCAAUUUGGUCACGUCCGACAUUCACAACAAAACCAGGCUCACUAAAAAUGAACAAAUGGAACUGAUUAAAAAUAUAAGUACCGCCGAACAGCCUUAUUUAUUCACUCGACAUGUUCAUUUCCUCAACUUCUCAAGGUUCGGAGGGGACCAGCCCGUCUACAUCAACAUCAUCCGAGACCCCGUCAACCGGUUUUUAUCUAACUACUUUUUCCGUCGCUUUGGAGACUGGAGAGGGGAACAGAAUCACAUGAUCCGCACCCCCAGCAUGAGGCAGGAGGAACGCUACCUGGACAUCAAUGAGUGUAUUCUUGAAAACUAUCCCGAGUGUUCCAAUCCCAGGUUAUUUUACAUCAUUCCGUACUUUUGUGGACAGCACCCCAGAUGCAGGGAGCCUGGUGAGUGGGCCCUCGAGAGAGCAAAACUGAACGUGAAUGAAAACUUCCUGCUCGUGGGGAUUCUGGAAGAGUUGGAAGAUGUGCUGCUUUUACUGGAAAGAUUUUUACCUCAUUACUUCAAGGGCGUGCUCAGUAUCUACAAAGACCCAGAGCAUAGGAAACUUGGAAACAUGACUGUGACCGUGAAGAAGACCGUCCCCUCCUCCGAGGCCGUGCAGAUGCUCUACCAGCGGAUGAGAUAUGAAUACGAGUUCUACCACUACGUCAAAGAGCAAUUCCACCUGCUGAAGCGCAAGUUUGGACUGAAGUCUCACGUCAGCAAGCCCCCCCUGAGGCCCCAGUUCUUUAUUCCGACUCCACUGGAGACCGAGGAGCCGAUUGACGAUGAAGAACAAGAUGACGAGAAGUGGCUAGAAGAUAUCUAUAAGAGGUACGUGUUUUUGGUAAAAAGGGGUACUGAGUUCUGUGCAGAAGCAGUGGAACUACAGUCCCUUUUCCUAUGGAAGCAGCUUGCUCCGAGAACCCUUACUAGGACAUCAAGAAGAGAAACAGCGAGAGCUUCUGGAGCCAGCCCUUCAAGAGCACUAGCAAAGCGUGAGUUGGGAAUACUUAAUAGUAAAUAAGACCCUGACUUUAUACAAGCUGCACAUUUUCUACUGUUCAGAAACCAACAAGUCUCUAGAGUUUUUCCUUCGUUCACUAAAAUUGGAUGGUAGCCAAGAUAUAAAGCAAGUCAUUUGGACCCUGUCGAGUGUGCACUAAAGCUACUUUAUCAUGAGAUGUAUUCAGAAGGCUCCACCCCGCAGGAGUCCAGUGAAGGCUGGGAACACAGGGGCACAAAGUCCAGCGUUUGGCCUCUUGCGGGCCUCUUCUCUGCCGCAGAGAACUGGGGCAGGAAAGUGAUUAAGGGAAAUGUUCUUAGAAGAGGAAAUAUCCUUUGUCCUGUGUAGAGAGACCAGGGCCCUACCACAAGACUGACCUUAAAAAAGCAAUGCAGAGAACAGCUAUCGUAUUCAGAACAAAAACAAGAACUGUUGCCUGGUCCGUUGUGAGUCACUUCUACGAAACUGCACAUAAAGAGCGAUAAUUAGUUUACACGCUGUGCAAUCUCACCAUCUGAAAACGAAGUGGAGUUGGCUAAGUGUUCUCUGCUGUUGUCAGAAAAUCAGGACAAUUGAUCACUCAACACACGCAUCCUUUUAGUGCAAGUUCACAUGAGCAUGUCUACCUGUGUUCAAAGGCAUUUAUUGUCAGCAGUGAUCAUUAUCACAUCACAACAAAAGAUGCUAACGGAUUCCCUAGCAGGGGCUUCAUGUUAUUUUGUCCCCAAAAUAGCCUCUCGUCCUAAAAGUCAGGGCACCUCAUCAAUUUAUUUGGCACACACGACAGCAUUUCUUUGGCCCUGAGCCCAACAGAGUUUGUACUUCAUGAAAUAUAUUGUACAUUUUACAUAGUUUAAUUUAAAAAAUACAUUUUAAGCUGGUUGAUCUUUGACUGCCUUAUUUAUUAUAACCUUUCAGCACAUUCCAAGGUUUUAGUUACUCAGGAAGGAGUUAAUUAAAAUGAUUUUAUUUUGGUCUGUUGGAUGUUUUUUAAAAGGAAAAAUUAUUAUUAUGAACCUUCAGCCUACUUUCCUUGAGUGCCGUAAAAGUGCUUGUAAAUCUUUUUUUUUUUUUUUAAGAAGAAAGAAAAAAAUGAUGUUUGACACUGAUGGAAAUUCAAAAAUAUAUAUGGAACUGAAACAUUAGCUUAGCUAAAAUAAAAGCAAUCUGUGUCCGAA